CUCUGUUCCCGUUGGGCGUGAAUCGACAUCAUGUUCAGCUGGCUAACGGGUGGAUCCAAGGGCGGCGACCAGAAUGGCGCCGCCGCCCCGCCGCCCACUGGCAGCGGUGCCUCGGCGCCCCUGCCUCCUUCUGGAAGCAGCGUGCCCCCUUCUCUCGAGGCCAUUGGCUCGACGGCAGGCAACACGGAUGCGACUGAGACCAUGAACGUGUUGGAGCGCAUUGUCAAGGCAGCUGACGCUCUCAAGGGCUACGACAAGGCCAACGAGUUGAUGGAUCUGGCCCGUCAGCAAGAGGGCACUUGGCAGGAGAAGUUCAGGGCCGAUGCUGCGGCAGCCGAAGCCAAGCGCAUUGAGGAACAGGCCAAGGUCGCCCAGGUGGUCGAGGAAGAGCGCCGCCGCACCAUGCAGUUUGAGACUCAAGAGCGUGUGAAGCGCACUCAGGAGGAGGACCGUAUCGCGCGUCAGCGUUACGAGGAUCAACUCCGUCAGCAAGCCCAGCUCAAUGAGCAAGAGCGUCAACGCCAGCAAGACGUAGCCAUGCGCCAGGAGAAUGAACGUCGCAAGACGAUGGAGUACGAGGCCCAGCUUCGUCGCAAAACCGAACUGGCCAAGGCCCAAGUUGAUGCCGAGGCCCGUAUCAAGCAGGAGCGUGAAAACCGUGACAUUCGCGAUGCUCAGCUCGUGCUUCAGGCCGAGGAGGGGCGCAAGACCACUUUGGCGGCUAUCGAGGCGUAUGGCCAAGAAAUGCGCCAGAUGGCCCGUGACUACGCCUCUGACCCCAAGAACGUGGCCUUGACCAUUGGCGCCGUCACCGGUCUCGCAUUGGGUGUGUACGCCGCUCGUGCGGGUACCAACGUUGCGGGUCAAUACCUGCAGCGCCGCCUGAGCCAGCCCCCGCUGAUCCGCGAGACUUCGCGUCAACCCUUUAUCCUGAACCCUUGGGGCUCCAUCAAGCGCAUGCUUUCCUCCAAGAAGGGCAACCCUCUCGAGGGAAUGGUCUUGAACGAGAAGACUGAGAAGUCGCUUGGUAGCAUCACCGUUGCCACCGCCAACACCAAGGCCAACGGCGCCGCUUUCCGCCAUUUGUUGCUGUACGGUCCCCCCGGUACUGGCAAGACCAUGUUCGGCCGUCGUCUCGCUCAGCAGUCUGGCCUCGAGUAUGCCGUGCUCGCUGGUGGUGAUGUUGGACCUCUUGGCAAGGAUGCCGUGACUGAGCUGCACCGUGUUUUCGAUUGGGCCGAGUCUAGCAAGCGCGGUGUUCUGGUGUUUAUUGAUGAGGCUGAUGCCUUCUUGCGCAAGCGCGGCGAGACUGGUGAUGGCAAGAUGUCCGAGGAGAUGCGCAACGCGCUCAGCACUUUCCUGUACCGCACUGGCUCCCCCACGGACAAGUUUAUGCUCGUUUUUUCCAGCAACGAGCCCGCUGCAUUUGAUCGUGCCGUGACGGAUCGUGUCGAUGAGGUUGUUGAGCUUGGUCUUCCCUCGGAAUCCGAGCGUCAGCGCUUGAUCGAGUUGUACUUCAAGGAAUACGUGACCGAGUGCAAGCAAGGUCGUCCCAUUGCUGUUCACGAGGACGUGGCUGCCUUCAACUUUGCCGAGCUUGCUGGCCGUCUGUCUGGUUUCUCUGGCCGUCAAAUUGCAAAGCUUUGCUCGGCUUUCCAAGCUGCUGCCCACAGCUCGCGCACCAACAUGCUGACCAAGGACAUGAUGCAGGAGAUUGUCGAGGAUCACUUGCAGCAGCUUGCGAUCAAGGACAAGUGGUCUCACAUGAAGAUCCACUAAAUCUUAAGUCACACCAUGGCCUUUGCGCGCUGUGCGCCGUAAAAUGUGUGCAUCGUUCGUGCACCACAUCCUUCACAGAUGACCUUUGUAGGCUUCCUGUCUUUUCGUGUGUGUGCGUUGGUUGGUUGGCUGUGCCCUCCAGCUUGUGUCAUUGAUGCGCACAUAUUUUUCUCGUCUGGCUUUAAACGACACCUCCAGGAAAGCGGACAGCCGCGAUCCUCUUGCUAAUUGUACUCAAACCUC